AUGGCACCUCGACCUGAGAGUAUAAAGAAGGUUAUGGAUGUUUUGGGUGACUUUAACCCAUCGGAAGAUAAAGUUAAAAAGACAUUGGGUAUCGGCGAUGAAGAAUUAAAACAAGUUCAAGAAGCAAACAGUCAACAGAUAGUUAAAGAUAGAAUACCAAUCAACAGAAGAGAUACUAGAAAGGCACAGUCGACACUAGGUUUAAAUUUAUCUAAAGAAAAGGUAAUGAAAGAGUUUAUUGCAACUUUAAUGGAUAUAUUGGGUGUAGACGAAGAUACUAUAACAGAGGCAGAACAGGAAGAAUCGGAAUUGAGAGAGAAAAAGAUCAAGAGAUUCAGAGAGAGUAUCGUCAUUUCAAACAAGAGAGCAUUGAAGAAAGCGUUGACUAUGAUGGGUUGCGAUCCAUCUUCGUCAAAGAUCAUGAGAACGCUCGGUGUCUCUGAGGACGAACUAUCAAAAGAUGUCUCCACCAUUCAGAAUCAACAAGUACAACAACAACAACUCAACAAUCUCAUCAUAUCUGCUGAAAUCACUUUGUUCUUUGUUGUCAUUUAUUGCAUUUUAUACUUUGCAAAUCUUCUUUUUUUUUCCUACUAUACCGCAAGCGGUAAAAAGUUUUCCGGAAAAAGAUUUUUUGUGGAGAAGCCGGGUAUCGAUCCCGGUUUUCAAGCAUGCAAAGCUAGCGUUCUACCAUUACUACUAUUAUUAUCACUUUCAUCAUUAUCAUUAGCAAUCAGAAUUACCGAUUAUAAUGUUGUUGUUGAGAUCUCUCAACCUGACCCAACAAUCUAUUUAAUUGGAGGUUUUGGUUCAAUGGGACUAAAUGUUUCAAUUUAUAACCCAUUGACUCGUCAUGCCAGUAUUGUUGUUAUUGAUGAAUCAUACUCACAACUUUCUUUAUUUAGUACUUUGUUAUUCACACCACCAAAGAUUGUUUUCAUUUCUGGAUAUUUUUGGCCAGAUAAUUCUCUUCAUAAUUGUACAUUGAAUCACUAUGAUUUAGAAACAAAAUCGACCAUAUCAACAUUCACUUUGCCAGUCGUAUCAUGGCCAGCAUUCUAUAUAUGGCAGACCGCUCAAUUAUCAUCGAAUCAGAGUCAAUUCUUUGUUGUACUAUCAAAAGGAAAUGGUAUUACAGAAUUACAGACAUUUAAUUUGGCAGACGGAUCACCAACAGGUUUCAGCGUAACACUACCUCAAUUUGGUAUCCAUGACCCAAGUUUGGUAUUUUCUCAAAUAUUAAUUGAUCCCCACUUUACAAGUUGCCUAUUGGAUUUAAAUAGUGAAACAAUGACAAAGACACUCGAUCUUUCAUCAACAUUCCCUGAUGCAGCAGGAUUUUCAUUAUCGGAUGGUAUCAUACAGCCAGAUGGUACGAUAGUUACAUAUGGUAUACCAGCUGACAAGUCAGUUUACUGUUUACCUGCAGUUAUGACGUUUGACCCAACAACAGGUUCAAUAAGUAUUGGUACCAUAUUGGAAAAAUAUGAAUCUGGUUUUUAUACUGGAGCAACUCAUGAUAAUGCAAUCUAUAUGUUGGUUGUUGAUCUCCAAGGUCAUCUUCCAGCUGGUUUAACAUUGAUUGGGUAUAAUAUAACUAGUAGUCAAUUCGUUUUAAAUGUGCCCGAUUCAGCUAUUCCAUCAUUUUAUGAUUUAAUCAUGGUUUAA